UGAUACAACACCAGAAAGGAAUCCGAGGAGGGAUGGAGACAUCUUCAUGAAAACUAGAAGCUACUUGCAGGAGUCUGACUGCAAUCAAAACUUGUCUUCUGACUUGAGACAAAAAAAGGGCUUUGUAUACUGAUGUGCAAUUGAAAAAGAACUGAAUUGUUGAAAUAUCUGAAUAUGUAUAAGCUUUCUUAGAACACUGCAGCUCAUAUAUCACAAUCAUGCCUAUUUCAAGAGCAGCUUUCUCUGGUGAAAGGAGCCUCUGUAGCCGAUCGCCUCUCUUAGAGCCUAGCAGCCUAGCAGCCAGGUGUUGACGUGAAGGCGGAGGAAAAGGCCCUUUUUCGCUUACAGACACGUUCUCUUUUCACUUUAGUUGACACUGCAGGCAACUCCUUGCCUCUCUGUGAAUCUCUGCAAUGUCUGCAGAUGAUUUGUACACUAACUAAACAGCACUUUGCAAGCACUAUCAUGCCAGCUGGGGUGGAGGGUAUUUGAAGCCCCCCCCCCCCCCAUCUUUAAUGUGCGUGAAUUGGAACAUAGUAGCCUCAAGCUCCGUUUGACAUAUAGGGAACAUAUUUCUAUAACAUUGAGUCAUUCGUCUCUUAGGGAGACAGCCUAUAUCUUGCUUUACUCCUUUUUCUGUAUCUCCACAGAAAAGCACAGUUCUAUCAUGCCAUGUUUUUUUUCUGACUUAGCACGCUCAUUUGUUAAGUUUGCUAAUGGUAGCUUGGCUCACUCCUGGCCAGCAGUUGGUACUGACAGCACAUUUCAAGGAAGGAAACGUGUUUACAUCUAUUGACACUUAAUUGUAAAGUUUUAUUUAAAGGUUUUGUUUAUGUCGGCUGUAUUUAUUUUGAUAUACUUGCUUUAUUUCUUACAUGUCUUUCAACACAGACCCUCUGUGCUUCAUGCAUUUGUAUGACUGUUUGCAUCUCAGAUUGUUUGUUACAGGAUAGUGAAUAAACAUUGCCUCUGUAGAAGAUGACUUUCUGUGUUUGCGGUACUAGUCUGUGCUGGAUGUGUGAGAUUUCACACCUAUUAAGCUGUUGUUGUUUUGCGUUUCCAAGAAAGCUGGGGGGAAAUGUCACCAUGCCUCUUGGUUUCCCUUGAGUGACCACCCAUACAAGUGUGUGUGGGUGUGUGUGUGGUUGUGUCUUGAAUACCAGUCAUUUGUGAAUCCUGAGACCAAUUUGCGGUCACCGCAUCUCAAUCUCCAGGCUUAAACUAAAAAGUACCUGAGAAUCCAGCAGCACAGAACUUUCAGUGUGCAGGUGCAAAGUCAGCUCAGCUGGGCAUGCUUAGCAAGUGGUAUGUUCACAGGAAAUGAUAGGUGUGUAUGAUGCUUCUUUGAGGUGACAAAAAAACAACAUUAGUAGCCAGACAUAAGUCUUUUUUAGAUAAUUUACUUAAACUUAAGUACAGAAUGUAACGAAAGGUUGUCUCUAAGGUGGUAGUCCCAUUACCCAUUUCCCAUCCUUUUCAAGUAACAGCAGAUGGUAACUAGUAAUAAUUGUAAAGACAUCUGCCAUGCUAUCACUUCACAGAUAGUGUGGAACACAUAUACCAGUAGUAGAACAGCAUGACCGUGCUUGUUCUAAUACAAGACCGAAGGUUAGUGGGGUGUUUCAGAUAUUCAACUAACAGCUCAAAGGCUUUCAAGACCAGGAGAUGUCUCAGCUUACUCAAUAUCAUGUCUCAUGUUAUAAAGCCAAUGUCUGAGCAACAUACUAGUGAUCUAUAAAUUGCUUCAGUUGGACUUUGGCUGCACAGCCAUUCAUAGAGUGGACAUGCACAUGUGCAGUGGUUGUUUCCCAUCAUCCCUUCUAUCUACACUUUCCAUACCUCAGAGGUCGCACCUAAUCCGUUUAAAUCUACAUCUGCUGUACUUUUUUUAGCCCCCCGGUGGGUGGCCAAUAAAUAACUUUUAUGGACAUGUCUGUAUCGCAGUUCUGCCGCUGGGUAUACAUGCCACAGUGACAGACUCUCCUUGCUCUCUCUCUCUCUCUCCCGUCCUUCCCCUUAGCUAUCGUCUUUUUUCCCACCCAUAUAUAUACUACUAAAAUUUACCAGCAGUUCUGUCAAAUCCUACUACCCACCUCUCAUCCUCUCUGCACAUAUACCAUAAGCAUGCCUAUGAUGUAUAAUGCCUCUAUCGGGUCUUACGGAGCAAGGGGGCUCCUAGGCCUCAGCUCGGUUAUGGGCCUCCAGUCUGGAGCUGAUCUGGGGCUAGGAAUGGGGUUUGGUCUUGGAAGAAGUACCUCUGCUUUAGGAUUAGGUCUUGGGGGUGGAGAGAGGGUCUCCGUAGGCCGAUCCGCGGUCUCGGGAGGUGUUGGCACUGCGGCGAGGGUGACGGCAGGUUCUGUAGGCAGUACAUCCACGCUUGCCCCUAUGCUUUCGCGGGAGGCUGAGAGGAGCACGCUGGCCAUGUUAAAUCAGCGGUUCUCCGGUUUUGUAUCUAGAGUGCGAGAGCUUCAGAAAGAAAACGUUACUCUGGAGGGGCGCCUGGCGGAGCUCACGGGGAGCUUGGACUUGACCACCGACACCAACAUCACGGUCUCCGCGACCGAACAAGAAACCCAGCUGCAAGAGUACCGCAACAACAUUGCAAAAAUGUCCCUUGACACGGUCAAACUGGAGAUUGAACUGGACGGCAUUCGCGGUGUUGCGCAUGAACUUAAGGCCAAGUAUGAUUUUGAGCAAGGUGUGAAAUUUCAGUUGGAGGCUGACAUCGCUGCCAUGAGAAAGGACAUCAAUGCAGCAUCCGAACUCCAUGAGGAUUUAGAUGCUCAGCGAGACAGCCUUAAGGAUCAACUGGACUUCAUCACCAAAACACAAGAGGAGGAGAUGGCCGGUCUCGAAUCCAAACUGGGGCAAUCCUUUGACACCUCCUCGUCAAUAAUUCAGGUGGACACAGAGCAAUCCUUCGACAUCACCGAGGCACUGAAGAAGAUUCGCGGCGUGUAUGAGGCAACUGUACAGCAGCACAGAGAGGAGGCUGACACAUACUACAAACUCAAGAUGGAGGAGGUCCAGGCUGUGAAGGAGAGCACUUCUGAGUCACUCUCCUCCACUAAGCAGGAGCUCACUACCUCAAAGAAAGAGCUGCAGACUCUGAAACUGGAGCUGGAGAAUCUCGUUAACAAAAUACUGACCCUCGAGCAGCACCGCACAGAGGCCCAGGCCCAGUCCAGCACCGCCGAGGCUGGGUGUCAGGCUCUGGUCCUGGGGCUGGAAGCCGCCAUUGAAGCAGCCAAAAACCACCUCCUUAAGCAAAUCCUCAAAUACCAGGAGCUGCUGGACAUCAAGCUGGCCCUGGACACUGAGAUUCAGAGUUACACACUGCUUAUAAACGGGAUUGACAGCAGUGAUAUCCCCAUGGCAUCGAGUGUCGCCUCUUCCUCCCUGAACCCGUCCAAAUCCCACUCCCCCGCCACCUCCAUCAGGAGCUCCUCCCCCAUCAGCACCACCCAAGACAUCAGCACCACCCGAGACAUCAACACCACCCAAGACAUCCUCUCUCUGGAGCAGAGUUCAGAGGAAGUGGAUAAGGCAUCAUCUGUGACUGUCACCGAGUCAGCUUCGUCAUACUCCUACUCAGAAACUUUGGUUGAGACACGUAUGGAAGAAAAAAUAAUCACAGAGGAGAUGGUGACCAUUAUUUCUUCGGAUGCAGAGGACUGAGUAUUGAGUCUACUUCAGUACUGUGGGGCAAGCAGGAAUAGCAAGGGCAGGUAUUUGCCCCCCAAUCAAUAAA